AUGGCCUCAUCAUCUUUUUCUCUAAAGUUUACAGUACGAAGGUGCGAACCCCAGCUGGUAGUUCCUGCUAUCCCCACUCUUCAUGAAGUUAAGCCACUUUCCGACAUUGAUGAUCAAGAAGCCCUGCGUUUCCACCUUCCCUUCAUACAAAUUUAUCCAAAGCAAGCAUCAAUGGCAGAGAAAGACCCAGUUCAACUCAUUCGCCAAGCACUCUCCCAGACACUUGUCUUCUAUUACCCAUUUGCGGGUAGGCUUAGGGAGGGCCCUCACCGCAAAUUGAUGGUGGAUUGCACCGGAGAUGGUGCCAUGUUCGUUGAGGCCGAUGCUGACGUCACACUCGACAAGUUCGGCGAUUCUCUCCAACCUCCAUUCCCAUGCUUCCAUGAACUGCUAUACCAUGUUCCUGCCUCACAGCAAAUUACCAACACUCCCCUUCUACUCGUACAGGUGACACGCCUUAGGUGCGGUGGUUUCAUCUUGGCCUUCUGCUUCAACCACUUCAUGUGUGACAGAGCUUCCAUUUGUUUGCGAUCUAAGUCAAUUAUCUAA